AUGUCUUUCCCGCAGCCUACUCCGGCUGCACAGUCGGCGGAGCAUAUGGACGAAGUGAAAGGGACUAUCUCUCUUACCCCCACAGGAGAGGAAAACGGAGAUUAUAACAAUAUGAAUACCGUUGCCCAGAUAUUAAUGGACCAAGAGGACAUUGAAUAUACAGCGGAGGAACAUCGAAAGCUCCUACGAAAGAUUGAUUGGCGCAUAGUUCCACUCGCUGCUUGGGCCUGCGGGCUACAAUUUGUGGACAAGUCAGGUCUCGGUGCCGCCGCUACAUAUGGUCUUCGCGAUGACCUCCAUCUCGUUGGCCAGGAGUACUCUUGGCUCUUUGAAUCAUGUCUUGUCCCUGGACUGUUGCUUGUCACAACUAUGUGGUAUACACAGGAGGAACAACCCCUCCGGUUUGGUUUAUGGACGAUGACAAACGGUGCUCUUCCGGUGCCCUUUUUAGUUAUUUACUAUGGGCUCGGUCAUGUUACAACAGGUCCCAUAACAUCCUGGCGGCUUAUUUUCCUCACCAUUGGGCUACUGAGCAGCUUCACAGGGGUACUUAUGUUUUUUGUUAUGCCUGAUGCGCCCCAGUCUGCAAAAUGGCUUAGUGAGCGAGAAAGGGCUAUAGCUGUUAAGCGCGUUGCCCAGGCCCAGCUUGGGCUUAAAAAUACCCAUUUCAAAUGGGACCAGGUGCAGGAAACCUUGAGAGACCCGCAUGCGUGGUUGUUGAUCUUGCAGAUGUUAUUCUCUCAGACCGCUGGGAGUGUGACAACGAACUUUCUCGGCAUUGUGAUAAAAGGGUUUGGGUACACUGCACUGAAAGCACAACUAUAUACCGCCCCGAAUUACGCGGUUCAGGCCAUCGUUCAACUGCUUGUGUCCGGUCCCCCUACAUUUUUCGUCUUUUUCCGCAACAAAAAGCAGCCACUUGCAGCUUUGGCUAGUAUUGUUGGCGUUGUCGGUAUAAUCAUUCUAUACGUGACUCCCCCGGAAGAGCAAUAUCAGCACCGUCGACUUGCGGGUUGCAUUAUAAUUUCAGCUUCCGGCGUCAACUAUACAGUGAUCAUGUCUAUCGUUGGAGCCAAUUUUGUAGGAUUCACACGGAAGCAGACGGUCACAUCGGCCGCCUUUUUCCUCUACUGUGUCGCUAAUAUUGUCACACCUCAAACCUUCCUUGGAGAGGAAAGCCCUCAGUAUCAUACUGGGUUGGCGUUUGUACUAGCAUGUCUUUCGUUGUAUAUUGUUCUCUCCACGACUACUUGGGUCCUCAUGCGAUUGGAGAAUAACCGACGAGACUCGCGCGCUCGGGAGAACCCCGAGUAUCAAAAAGCCGACAUGGUAAAGACCAGCGAGCAGUUUCCUCUCCCCGAAGAAAUGGUUUCCCAAGAAAAGCCCGCCGUUGAGCCAUCCUCGCCUCCAAAUGGUGGUGCUUUAGCAUGGCUCAAUGUACUAGGCAGCUUCAUGCUUUACUUCAACACCUGGGGCAUCAUGAAUACCUUCGGCGCCUACCAAACCUACUAUGAGUCCGGUGCUCUCUUCCAUGCUAGCUCGUCAGACAUCUCCUGGGUGGGCUCAAUUGCCGCAUUUAUGCUGUUAUUUGUUGGCCUUUUUGUCGGUCCCAUCUAUGACCGUGGCUACCUUCGAACACUCCUCAUGGUGGGCACCCUCAUGGUUGUUUUCGGGCACAUGAUGCUGAGUCUGUGCUCCGAAUUCUGGCAAGUUGUUUUGGCACAGGGAUUCGUCGUCGGAAUCGGAACAGGCUGUCUGUUUGUUCCAUGUGUCGCCAUAAUUCCUCAAUACUUCACGACCAAGAUGGGCGCUGCUAUGGGUGCAGCCGCUUCAGGAUCCGCACUCGGCGGUGUCAUCUAUCCAAUCGUCCUGUACCGACUGAUCAACCAAAUUGGCUUUCCUUGGGCGGUGCGAGUUAUCGGCUUCAUCGCACUGGGUACACUGCUCGUUCCAAUUAGCAUUAUGCGUCUGCGCGUUCAACCGCCCAAGGUGCGCGCCAUGAUCGAUCCCACCGCGUUCAAGGAUCCGGCUUAUUUGGCUUUUGUGUUCACCUCACUCAUUGCGUACAUGGGCCUGUUUGUUAUUCUAUUUUAUCUGUCCUUCUUCGCUGAAGCAACUGGCAUCACCGACAGCAGUCUAGCCUUCUACUUGGUGCCCAUCUUCAAUGCAGCUUCGAUAUUUGGCCGUACAAUCCCGAACAAGCUUGCGGAUCGCUUUGGCCCAUUUAACCUUCUCGUUCCAGCCGCCCUAUCCUCAGGGAUUUUGAUGUUCUGCAUGAUGGCAGUGAAAUCAAAGGCCGCUGUUAUUGUUAUGGCGGUGCUGUCUGGCUUCAUGAGUGGUGCGCUAAUCGGACUGCCGCCUAUGUGUCUGGCCAUUCUGACUGUUGACAAGUCGAAGCUGGGCACGCGUGUUGGUAUGGGCUACGCAAUCAUCGCACUAGGUGUGCUGGCUAGUGGUCCCAGCAGCGGUGCAAUUCUCAUGAAUGGUGGCGCAUCGCUUGAUUGGCAUAGUUUGUGGGUGUUCGGUGGUGUUCCAACCUGUGUGUCGGGACUAGGCUACGCAGCGAUUAAGGUCUUCAAAUAUGGACCAAAGCUAAAUAUCAAGGCGUGA